CGCGUCUCUGCACCACCGCACCGCACUGCACUGCACCUCACCUCGCCUCGCCUCCACUCUUGGCUCCACUCGCACCUUCCCUCCCCAUCAAAUGCAGCUUGACUCCCCUCGCAUUGCCUCGCCCAUCCCAUCUCCUUCCCCCUCCCCUCUCCUCCCAUCCGCCUGGACUGACCCCUUGCUCGAAAUCGCAGCCAUGUCCUCCGCCCAACACCGCUCCUCCGACGCCGUCCGCAAUCUGCGCUCCAUCUUCGAGAACAAAACGUCCGUCGACAGCAGUAAUUCGCAGCCAGUCGGUGACUCGCGAGGCCGUCGCUCGCCGACGAACGGUAUCGGCAGUGACAAAGAGAACGGGCCGGGGUGGACGAAAGGCAAUAGAGUGCGAGCGAGUUUUGUCACCGUCGAGCCUGUGGUGAACAGUAUGUCUGCCGAGGGAGGUGUGAGUGAGCGGAGGGGCAGUUUUGGGCAAGCGCAGGGGCAGGGCGAUUUGUUGGAGCUGCAGAAGAGUAUGAGCGAGAGCCAACAAAGGCCUGCUUCCGAGCUGGCGAUUGAGAGCGCAGGCGUCAGUGCGCAGGUUACGCCGUUGGGUGCUACGGAUGGACCGAUGUUGGGCGAGCCGGCGAAGCCUGAUAAACCCGUCACGAGCGCUGAGGAGGAGCCGGCGGAGCUGAAACCGGCGGAUGUAUCGAGUGCAGGCGCUGUUAGCGGCGGUGCUGCGUUGUCGUCUGGAGCGGAGGACUUGCGGACUGCUGCGGCGAGCAACGCGGCCAACGGGACGAAGAAACCGGCUCCGAAAACCACUACGACGAGGACCGCUGCGAGGCCGGCCUCGCUAUCUACCAAAACGACGACGAAACCGCCAGCUCCCAAUGGCAUCAAGUCGCCAAAUCAACCAAAGACUCCGCUCUCCGGCAGGAAAUCAGUCUCAAGACCGCCCCGGAGCUCUCUCACUGCACCCACGGCCGCCUCAAUGGCACGCUCCGAAGCCGCGGCAGCAGAAAAAUCAACAAGCAGCAAGACCUCCCCAUCCAAUUCGAAAGACAAGCCGCGGGAAGUCACCAAGCCGCACGCCCUCUCAUCUCACCUCACCGCCCCGACCGCCUCUUCAAAAGCAAAGCAUGAACCGGACAGCGCAGCACCCUCCUCAUCCUUCGCCUCGUCCACAUUCAAAUCAUCUACAGCGUCACGCCCGAAACCACAACCCGCCCCUGCGAAACCAAGACCACGCACAUCUCUACCCACCAGCCAGCGUCCCCCUUCUCGAGACUCUACUGCUGGUUCGACGACGAGAAGAAGCCUGGCGCCAGUCGUGGAGGGGAGUUUUCUGGAUCGCAUGACGCGACCCACCGCCGCUUCAGCAAGCAAGAAUGCAGACUCAAAGAGUCCAGUUAAGGCGAAAGCGCAGCCAGUCAAGCCAGUGGAGGCGAAGCCCAAGCCUGCGCCGCCUGUAAUGCAGAAAGCUGGCUUGAAAGCACCCUCUUCUCCUUCUGCUUCGAAAGCGAAAGCAUCGACUACGACACACGCCAAAACGAACGGCGCAGUCGCUGCACCAUCAUCCACCGCAUCAGCACCGAAGAAAUCAACGCCGAUUUCAAAACCUACGCCAAAAGCCGCUUCCAAAGCCACACCUUCAUCUCGACCUCCACCACCUCCUCCACACUUUCCAACGAAGAUGGCGCCGACACCUUGGAACGCCGCUGCUCUCCCCGCUAUGUCAUCUGCGCCAUCAGCGCCGGGUACCUCGACGCCGCCCAAUCAGAGUAAUGGCCUGGGCGUGGCGCUGGAAGCUACGCCCGCGGGUCUCGGUGGGGGAGAUGAGAUUCGGUAAACGGGGGCAUUUCCUGCUUUCGAUUGUUCAUCUUUCUGCUUUCGUUUGUGAGCGAGUUUGGCUUGAUUGAGCGAGCGGACUUGCGAGGCCUUUAUCUACUUGAGUUUGGAACGUGCUCGGGGAUCUUCUUCAUUCAGUGUUUUGAUAUUUCCGCUCG